UUUAUUUAUCUGUUAACUGGUAAUUGAUAAAAAAAAUUACCGAUAUUUUUAUUGGUUGAAAAUACCGGUAAAUCUUUUCGUUGAAAAAUUAAUUUUGCUAAUGUUAAACUUGAAUGGUACUAGCACUUUUCGAAAUGAUCCCAUAUUUCUGCAUUGCGUUUCGGCAUUUUAAAUUAGAUAUACAAUUUAAAAAUCCACAACAACAAAGUAAGCAAAGUCUCAAACACACAAAAACAAAGUCAAAACACACAAACACAAAGUACAAAUCUCUUAAAAUACAAAAACACAACUUUACCAAAAUAAUAGAAAAGAUGCACUGAGCCACCAAAAUGUCAAGUACCAAACAAAAUAUUACGUUUAAAAAAUCAACCAAUCACGUCAUCUUCGCGUUCGGUAAAAAUAUCGUUUCAUUUCAAUUUUUUAACGAAAAAAAUUAUCAUUAACUGUAAAAUACACCAACUUAAAUAUUGUGCUUUAUUUUGAGGGGUAUAGAGCAUACAAUGAAAUCAUAAAAUUCAAUAUUUUUUACAUGAUAAGUUGAAGACAUCUGCAAGGCGAAAAUGAAUCUUACGUGUUGAAAUAAAGUUGAAACUUGCAUAAAUAUAAUUUCCAAUAAUUGCCUAUGCCACUACACGCAGUGUGUUUGGUAAACGGUAUUUUUAACCGUUUUGGGUAAUUUUAUUUAUCGAAUAGAAGUGUUAAUUUUUUUUACCGGUAAAUUUAUUGGUUAUUGGUUAUAUUAGCCACCUCUACGCUUUAGCUUUUGUGACGAGUUGGACGAGACAUUUGAGUCUUUCUGAAUUGUCUUCAAGUGAAAUUAUUUAAUUUGAAUGAAUUUUCAUUGUGAUUAAUGUGAAUUGAGAUAUAAUGAUGCAGUGUGUGACUGCAAAGAUGGCCACGGGAGUGGUUGUCAAUCAGCCAGCAAACUCUAAACCUGCAUCUCCCAUAGACAGAGGUAUAAAUAAUCAUUUAAACAUUUAUCAUGCCCCAGCAUGAAUCGAUAAUCACGCUCAUACGAAAUAAUCAUAGUUUCUCAUAAUUACAACAAUAAAAUUUAAAACAGUUUGAUAACAUAUGUAGAACGUGUGCUCAGCCUGCAGAUUAUCUUAUACCCAUAUUUGAGGGAGAAGGUUUAAAAAAAAACUUGCCAGAACUGAUAAAUAAACAUCUUCCAAUAAUGGUAUCACCAGAUGAUGGCAUGCCACAUGUACUGUGCUACCACUGUGCAACCACUGUCCUAGCAUGGCAUGAACUCAAGCACAUCUGCGUGCAUGCAGAUGAAGCUCUGAGGCAGCGUUUCCAAGUUCUUCAGGCUCCCAUAGCAGAUGAAUUCGAAAAACAGCAGCAGUUCAUUCAACAAAUCAGUGCAGAACAAGAAAAGUCGGCAGAAGCCCCGGACUUCGCCCAGCCGAUGGAUCUCCCUGAAGCCUCCGCCUCUCUCGAGCGGAUCAUCUGCUGUGUGUACUGCGGCGAGCACUGUCCGCAGACCCAGUACAGACGCCACGUGGUCUCCGAGCACGCCGAACGAAUCUUCCACUGCGAAGACUGCGACAGCUACGUCGACCGCGAGAUCUUCAUCCCGCACAUGUCGUCCCACGCCAUGCUGUACGCGCGCCAGGCCCAGGAGGAGCGCGCCCGCAGGGAGGCCGCGCGGCAGGAGGCGGUGCGGCGCGAGGCCGCCCUGCUCGCACGCAUUAAACGGGACGUCAGCGAGGAGCCCGAGCCCCGCCCCCCCAGCGCUGCUGACGACGGUCUCGUCGAAGAGCCGGAACCCGAACUCCUCCAAGCGGAGUCGGCCGCCGAUCCCGGAGGUUUCUCCGAACACAGCGACGACGAUCGCUCCGAGCCCGUACCGGACGAGGUGCCGCGUGCUCUCGAAGACGAACGGGAGGCACCUGCGAAGCCCCAGACCGUGCCCCCGGAGCGCCCGGCCCGCGCCUGUCCCGUCUGCGGCAAGACGUACCGCGCCGCCUCCAGCUACUUCUACCACGUGAAGCACGCGCACGGAGCCGAGCGCGCGCACGCGUGCCCGCACUGCGACAAGAAGUUCACCACGCGCGCGGCGCUGCGGGAGCACGGCGCCGUGCACUCGGGCGAGCGGCGCCACGCCUGCCAGCUGUGCGGCAAGCGGUUCGGCUCGCGGGCCGGCCUCUACAUCCACGCGCAGACGCACGGCAGCACGCGCCAGCACCACUGCGCCACGUGCGGCGCGGCCUUCCGCUGGCGGACGCAGCUGCAGCGCCACCAGCGCCGCCACGCGCCCGCGCGCCCGCACGCCUGCGAGCUGUGUGCCCGCGCCUUCCGCGCGCGCGCCGACCUGCAGCGGCACCGCCACACGCACGCCGCGCGCCGCCUGCGCUGCCCGCGCUGCGACGCCACCUUCGCGCAGCCCCGCUACCUGCGGGUGCACCUGCGCAACAAGCACGCCGCCGCGUGAGGCCCUGCAGCGGCACCGCCACACGCACGCCGCGCGCCGCCUGCGCUGCCCGCGCUGCGACGCCACCUUCGCGCAGCCCCGCUACCUGCGGGUGCACCUGCGCAACAAGCACGCCGCCGCGUGAGGCCCUGCAGCGGCACCGCCACACGCACGCCGCGCGCCGCCUGCGCUGCCCGCGCUGCGACGCCACCUUCGCGCAGCCCCGCUACCUGCGGGUGCACCUGCGCAACAAGCACGCCGCCGCGUGAGGCCCUGCAGCGGCACCGCCACACGCACGCCGCGCGCCGCCUGCGCUGCCCGCGCUGCGACGCCACCUUCGCGCAGCCCCGCUACCUGCGGGUGCACCUGCGCAACAAGCACGCCGCCGCGUGAGGCCCUGCAGCGGCACCGCCACACGCACGCCGCGCGCCGCCUGCGCUGCCCGCGCUGCGACGCCACCUUCGCGCAGCCCCGCUACCUGCGGGUGCACCUGCGCAACAAGCACGCCGCCGCGUGAGGCCCUGCAGCGGCACCGCCACACGCACGCCGCGCGCCGCCUGCGCUGCCCGCGCUGCGACGCCACCUUCGCGCAGCCCCGCUACCUGCGGGUGCACCUGCGCAACAAGCACGCCGCCGCGUGAGGCCCUGCAGCGGCACCGCCACACGCACGCCGCGCGCCGCCUGCGCUGCCCGCGCUGCGACGCCACCUUCGCGCAGCCCCGCUACCUGCGGGUGCACCUGCGCAACAAGCACGCCGCCGCGUGAGGCCCUGCAGCGGCACCGCCACACGCACGCCGCGCGCCGCCUGCGCUGCCCGCGCUGCGACGCCACCUUCGCGCAGCCCCGCUACCUGCGGGUGCACCUGCGCAACAAGCACGCCGCCGCGUGAGGCCCUGCAGCGGCACCGCCACACGCACGCCGCGCGCCGCCUGCGCUGCCCGCGCUGCGACGCCACCUUCGCGCAGCCCCGCUACCUGCGGGUGCACCUGCGCAACAAGCACGCCGCCGCGUGAGGCCCUGCAGCGGCACCGCCACACGCACGCCGCGCGCCGCCUGCGCUGCCCGCGCUGCGACGCCACCUUCGCGCAGCCCCGCUACCUGCGGGUGCACCUGCGCAACAAGCACGCCGCCGCGUGAGGCCCUGCAGCGGCACCGCCACACGCACGCCGCGCGCCGCCUGCGCUGCCCGCGCUGCGACGCCACCUUCGCGCAGCCCCGCUACCUGCGGGUGCACCUGCGCAACAAGCACGCCGCCGCGUGAGGCCCUGCAGCGGCACCGCCACACGCACGCCGCGCGCCGCCUGCGCUGCCCGCGCUGCGACGCCACCUUCGCGCAGCCCCGCUACCUGCGGGUGCACCUGCGCAACAAGCACGCCGCCGCGUGAGGCCCUGCAGCGGCACCGCCACACGCACGCCGCGCGCCGCCUGCGCUGCCCGCGCUGCGACGCCACCUUCGCGCAGCCCCGCUACCUGCGGGUGCACCUGCGCAACAAGCACGCCGCCGCGUGAGGCCCUGCAGCGGCACCGCCACACGCACGCCGCGCGCCGCCUGCGCUGCCCGCGCUGCGACGCCACCUUCGCGCAGCCCCGCUACCUGCGGGUGCACCUGCGCAACAAGCACGCCGCCGCGUGAGGCCCUGCAGCGGCACCGCCACACGCACGCCGCGCGCCGCCUGCGCUGCCCGCGCUGCGACGCCACCUUCGCGCAGCCCCGCUACCUGCGGGUGCACCUGCGCAACAAGCACGCCGCCGCGUGAGGCCCUGCAGCGGCACCGCCACACGCACGCCGCGCGCCGCCUGCGCUGCCCGCGCUGCGACGCCACCUUCGCGCAGCCCCGCUACCUGCGGGUGCACCUGCGCAACAAGCACGCCGCCGCGUGAGGCCCCGCGAUAUUGUAUUUGGAUUGUUUCGUAAACUCUAAUUGUUGUGAUUAAUUGUAGACGCCUGCGCGCUGCGGCAGUCCAGAGUUUCUCAAACUUUACAUUGUAAUUCCUAUGCAAAUCCAAUUAAAAGCUAAUUAAAAAACAAAGGAAAAAUGACCGUCGUGAAAUAAGUGAUACCUUCCGGCCGGCCCGCGGGGCUGCUGGGUCUGGUCCCAGGGCUGACAACUUUACGUCAAGUUUCAAUCUCUGAGAAAUCCUGGUCUGCCGAAGACAAUGAGCGUACCGUUGCUACUAUACCACGCUUCUGUACCUACUACUUGUAUUUACUCAUUGCCGUACUGUAUAUAUUACGUUUAUCUCUAUAAGAAAACAAAACUACUUCGAAUUAUACCUUAUGUCUAAGCCAUAAAAUUAAAUUUAGUAUUAAAGUUAGAGUAUUUAGAUGGUUAAUUAAUGCUUUGUUUUUCUAACAUGGGCACAAAAUGGUCGGUAGGUUUGUUUAAAAACUUCGCAAUAGACACAUGUUGUGUAAAAUUUGCAAUACGUUAACCGCUACAGUGGCUCCCCCCUCCCGGCUGCGGGACUUCGCAGUCUGGACGGAUUGAGCCAAACGAGCCUAUUCCACAGUUUGUAGGGCUGUCCAAAUCAAGACUGUUUUUUUCAAGACUGAUAAUAUUACAUUUAGUUUAUUAUGACCCGCCACUUAGUUGCCGCCCUAUUAUUUUUGGCCCGUUAACAUAUCGAGCUUGGACGGCCCCCGCUCCAGUCCACCUCCCCAGCUGUCGUCGCAAGAUGCGCGGACUUGCUCAUGAAUUAAGUUCAUUUGUCAAAGUUGGUCUCCAGCGAGGGCUUAAGCCAGAUUAUGUCCUGCUUGUGUCGGCACUGUCGAAGCAGUUACCCUCUGCAGGUAGUCUCUUAGCUCGUUAUGAACUAUCCAUGACCUUAAAUCCCAUUUGCGUUUGAAUUGACCCUGUUAAAAUAAUGUGUACUAAUAAAAUAGUGCAUCAAUUCAUCGUGAAAAUAAUAUUAUUAAAAAACUACUAAACUUUAUGAAUCUCCCUUUGCUUGGUUUUUUUUUUGUUAACCGUGGACUUGUCUGUGGCACUCCAAGGUUACAAAGGGAAGUUUUGUCUUGACCUUUACAGAAUAGGAUAAGGUGAGACAGGUAUUGGUUUGCAAUGCGAUGACGUCACUCAGACGGCUGUACGGUGUGUAAAACAAUGGAAACUAAUAUAAGAUUUUUCUCAUAUUUUUUAAGUAAAUUGUUUCUAAGAUCUUUUUCAUAUUUUUUUAAGUAAAUUACUUCUAAGAUUUUUCUCAUAUUUUUUAAGUAAAUUGCUUUUUAUAAUCGUGUAUAAAGUUAAGAGAUACAUUCCAACGGAGUGGGUGCGGCGAACAUCCUUCAACGAACUAGAAUGUAUAGUUUAAGCAAACGUUUGGCAUGUUGCUUUGAUAUUUCAGCAUAUAUCAUAGUGAUAGAAAUUAAAGAUUGUAUCUUGAGCAUUAAAAGACGCGUCACAUGGUACAGUGUACGCGGCCCGUUAUACAAUAUAUUUGGAGUGAUUACUGA